UUCUAGUAGUAGUCUUAAAAGAAAUUAGAAAUCAUUUAAAUUAAUUUUGAAUUAUUACCGUGAUUAUAUUAUUUCCAUAUUUAUUUUAAGAAUAUUAAAAAUAAUACUAUUUUAAGCACCAUGUUCAACCGUGUUUUGAGACGUUGUUCAGUUAACUAUCAUAGUAAAUUUACCAACAAUAAAAAUAGUGGGCGAUUAAUGAAGGGCAUUUGCUGGUACACAAUGAGGUCUAAAGAUCUUUUUCAAGGUGAAAGUGAUAGGUUCAAGGGUAUUACAGUAGAUACUACGAAAGAAAAAUGGGAUAUUUCAUCACUCGAAGGCAAACUUGAUGAAUCACUUGCACAGUGGCGGAGCAACGGAAAUAGAUGUGCAUGGUUUAAAGUGGACAUCAAACAUUCUACAAUAGUACCUGUACUAGCACAAAAAGGUUUUAAUUUUCAUCAUGCCAGAGAUAGUUUUGUAAUGAUGUACAAAUGGCUGCCUACGGAUUCGGAACCUAACCUGCCACCAGCCUCACAUACAAACCUUGGUGUUGGUGCUCUAGUCUUUAAUGGUUGUAACCAAUUGUUGGCGGUAUCUGAACAACAUUAUGAUUACCCACAUUGGAAGUUACCAGGAGGAUAUGUUGAAAUGGGGGAAGACAUAAUAGAUGCUGCUAAAAGAGAGGUCAAAGAAGAAACUGGUGUAGAUUCAGCCUUCCAAUCUUUAAUCACAUUGAGGCACUCACAUAACAUGAUGUAUGGCAAUUCAGACAUCUAUAUGCUAUUAAUGAUGAAGGCUCUUACAGACCAAAUCACUAUAUCACAGAGGGAAGUGAGAAGAUGCCAGUGGAUGGACAUUGAGGAAUAUACGAGCCAUGAACAUGUGCAUGCUUUCAACCGAAUGGUUGUAAAUAAGGCUCUGGAGUACAAAGAUAAAAAAAUGCAACUGAACCUACAGAAGAAAACGGUAAAAUGGGCAACAGUGGUCAGAGAAAUGGAAUUUUUAGAGGUUAAGGAAUUUGAUUAUAUGUAGGUGUAAAGUACCUUACCAUGAUACAUUGAGUGUUCAUUAAAUUAAAGUUUCAAAAUAUAAGUGUAAUACAGGUAAUAAUAUGA